AUGGGGGUCAACGUGGCGGUUGGACGAUGGGCUGUGUGGGGGCUGUUGUUGAGUUGUGUUGUGGUGGCAGCGGUGGUGGAUUCUGGGGAGGUCAAGCCGCAUAGCCGGAAGGGUCGCGUGGUGUACAUGUAUCACUUGCACAAGUGCGGUGGAACCUCUUUUUGCAACGAUGCCAAGGCGCAGGAGACGCUCACGUCGCGCAACUCCAACUGCAACUGGCUCGGGGACGGCGUGGUGCGGCGGCGCGGACCGGGUGGUCUCUUCAACAUGGAUCUGUCGUGUGAGCGGCGGAUGAUGCUUAUGGGCAAGGAGGUGACCUAUUUCCAGACGGAAAGCAUUCUCAAUCACAAGCUUUUGGAUUGCCCAGAGCAGAUCUUGCCCAGCGUACAGUUUCGCAAACCCAUGAGCCGCCUGAUAUCCCACGUUCGCUUUGAUUCCGGCUUUCGGCGCGAUGGACUGGCCAAGUUCCGGCUCGAAACCUUUAGCACGGACAUUACUGAUGAUGUGCGGUACGGUACAGCGGUGAUGAACAACUUUUACAUUCGCAGCUUGCUCGGGGAGGAUGUGUUCCGUAUGCCCCUGGACGCCAUUACGCGGGACCACCUCGAAGAGGCCAAGAAGAUCUUGCACAAGAUGGUGGUGUUUAUUCUCGAGAACAAGGAGACUCGCAACAAGCUGCGCUCGUGCUACUUUGACUGGCCAGCUCCCGAGCCCGCCAAGUCGGGCACACACGUGAACAAGCUGGGUGGCUCCGUCGAUACGUGGAUCGAGCGAAAUGUGGAUGCCGAGUGGUUUGCCGAGAUGCGUCGCUUGAAUGCCCUUGACAUGGAACUCUACGCCUAUGCCGUCGAUCUCUCGGCACGGAAAAACAUCGCUUGUUCAUUGAACAUCAUGGCGGUUCAGGACUUGGGAACGGCGCGCCGUGCCGUGUUUUAUCGCAACGGUGAAUCUCACAGCCGCGGACGUCAAAUUGUCAUUUCCGAACGCAAAUACCCCCAUCUCGGCGCCCUCAAGACGGCCCUCACCAACCUUUUACAAUGCCCAAACUCGGUCGAACGCAUCUUUGAUCUUGAUCGCAACGCCUUUAUCCAGGACCUCAAUGACAUUCAACGCAGUGGCCAUUACGUCUGCGCGGGCAAAGAGCGCGUCGAUCGCACAAUUGACUACACUCGCGUGGCCACUCCCAAAUGGCAUCGCUCACAACGUGUUGACGCGCUGCGCCGGCGUCCUCGCCGUCGGCCCACAUCCGACCCCGUGCUACAGGGCAUGCGCCAAGCACGCGGCGCGCUCCGCCUCCAGCCCUUGCGUCAAGCCCCGCAGGCCAAUAUUGUCUUGGUGCACCGCCACAAUGCCACGCCCACCGAUAAGCCGCGGCGUUACGUCAUCUCGUUCAAGACGGCCAGCAGCAUUCAACAAGUUUGUGACUCACUCACCCGCCAACUGGCCAUCGUCGGUGGGGUGCGGGCUCUCUUCACCCUGCAAGGCCACAAGCUUCGUGACCCAGACGAGUUGUACGAACAGACCCAUAUUGUCGCCGUUGGUCCAGAGAAGAUUAAUCGCGCCUGGCUGGAAGAAUACGCCACACACCACGUCUUACCCCAUGCUCCGCCAGCUGCCGCGCCAGAUACCGGCGCAGCUGCAACCGCCGAAGCUGCGCCAAGGGCCUCAGAUCCUGGGGCUGUGACAGAAGCCAACCGAUAUCCGGUGUCUCCUGGUUCCAAAAACCUCAAUGGCACACCGCCUGUGCCCCCCCUUGGUACAAAGACUUCCGCCCAGGCUGACUCGGGCGUCGAUCUCGUUUCCGCUCGAUCCGCUCCGCCUGAUCUUCAUCAAUCGCAGGACCACCAACGCCUACCACAUCCCCCUCAACAAAAACGGCAGCGACCGCCCAAGCCGGGUCAAGAACAAGAUGCAGCUAUAACUGCACGGCACACGCCGUUUCAAGCCCAGCCGCAAGAGAGUCAAGACGAACAAAGGAACCUCGAAAAGCCCGAGCAGCCCGAGCAGCCGAAAAUGCAGGACCCUUCAUCCGCUGCAAGCCCCACCCUACCGCAGCCGAGCCAUGAUGAUACACCCUUGCCGACCGUCGCCAAGGCGGCGGCACAAGCGGACGACACUCUCUCCGAGUCCAGUCCUGACCCAACAGACAAGGCCAUGCCCCCAGCCGAGGAGAGUGACGUUGAACUGCCCUCGACUUCAGAGUUUGUGCAAGAUGGAUCUGUUGAGGCACCCGAUGCCACCGGACAUGCCACGCGGGCCAACCAACAGGUGGAUUACUUGGUGUCGCAAGCUGACGAGCUCGACCGAAAGGCUGAUCUGGAGCGUCAGCGGCAACGACAAAAGGCCAAGGCCAAAUUGGCCCAACGCUCCCAGCAACAGCACCAUCUUCUUGAACAUGCCGAAGCCAUGGAACAAAAUCUACAAGAGCAGCACGAUGCCGAGCGCAAGCGACAGCAGGCCGCAUUUGAAGAGAAGCUGAAGCACCGUCAACCAGACGAGGACGACGAAGCAACAGACCACGUGGGGGAGGAUGCAGAGCAGGCGCUGACGGCCGAUCCAAAUGUUGGCACCACGCCCGAGGCUCUGCACGUCCCUUCCUCACGGCCAUCCAAAGCAGACUCGCCCAUGCCUACAAGCCAUGUGUCCUCCAAGCAAUCAGCUGCCCCCGCCAUGGACAUACCCAACACCGUCGCAGAAGAGGACGCUUCAUCGGGAGAGGAUCUUGAACAGGCGACGCGCCAGUCGCCACUGGCCGAUCAAAUGUCAGCAUCGCCACCUCCAUCCAAUUCGCCCGACUUGACCAAUAUUUCAAAUCAAACUGGUGACUUGGCAACCAGCGUUCCGCCCCCUUCUCCUCCGCUUCCUGCUGCUGCUGCUGCUGCUGCUGCUGCUGCUGCUGCUGCUGCUGCUGCUGCUGCCAAUGCGACCCAGGACGCACCAAAAGCCACUCUUGAUUCUUCAGUCAAAUCUUCGGGCAUCAAGGCAGGCGCCAGUCGAUUAAAAGCCCCCAACAAAGUAGGAGGGGUGCGCAAGGCUGGUGUGCCUCGGGCCAAACCCAGCAACGUCCAUCACCACAACUCGAGCAAAGCAGCGCCGACCCCUGCCAAGUCACCGCGGCAGUCCAACAGCUCCGCGCCUUCAGCGUCGCCGGCUGCGUCCUCAUCCAACGCUUCUCCCAAAUCUACCAAAGCAAGCAAGAACACGGACAGCCCAAGCGUACCGGACAUGACGCCUGAAACUGCUGCUGAACUGGAGCGCCCCGUCACGCGCGCCGAAGAUCGGGAGCAGCCAGGCUUGGAAGCCACCAUUGGACGCACACAACAACUCAAGCGCAGCGAGACAGAGAUUGAGUCGGCGCUUGUCGGCGAUGGUGUGGGUCUUGUGCCGCCCGAGGCUGUGGCAGCCCUGGGCCCGCGACCAGACAGUAAGCUCUCUUUUUAUGGUAUCGUCAAGGAACUCUUUGUACGAGAACACAUUGAGCUGAUGGAAAAGCUCGGCGACGGAAACUUUGCCGACGUGCUGCGUUGUCGCCACCGCGCCACCGGACAAAUGUACGCCGUAAAGGUUAUUGACAAGCGGAACGUGCCCGGCAAACGCGAGGAACGCAUGAUCAUGCACGAAAUCAAGACGAUGCGCACCAUGAAGCACCCUGGCUGCGUUCGUCUUUUCGACGUAUUUGAGACCAAAGGCAAAAUCUUUCUGGUUAUGGAGCUGAUGAAGGAUGGUGACUUGUUUGAUCACAUCGUACGCCACAGCAAGUUUAACGAAGCCGAUGCCAAACCCAUGGUUAUUGACAUGUUGCAAGCCCUCAAGUAUAUGCACGACCACAACAUUAUUCACCGCGAUCUGUAUGUUCUGGUGUCGAUUGGCUGUCAUCCUUCCGCUCCAGACCCGAAUGCCGACUCAUUUCGAAUGUUUUGCAGGAAACCGGAAAACGUGUUAUUGACGCGCGACAAAGGGGGCCCAUUGCGUCUCAAGCUCGCAGAUUUUGGUUUAUCCAUGGUGGUGCGCGAACAGCUCUUUGCCGUGUGUGGCACGCCGACCUAUGUGGCACCUGAGAUCAUCGAUGAAAACGGCGGUGGUUACAAUCUCGAGGUCGAUCUUUGGGCCAUUGGUGUCAUCAGCUACAUCUUGCUUUGUGGCUUUCCGCCUUUUGCUAGCUCUAAAAAGGAUCAGAAGGAACUCUUUGACCGCAUUCGAGCGGGCAGCUUCUCCUUCCCUCUGCCCUACUGGAACAAGAUCUCCACUACGGCCCGCGACUUUAUCAGCAAGCUCUUGGUGGUUGAUCCAGCUAAGCGGCUCACGGCAAAGCAGGCCCUUCGCCAUCCUUGGCUCGCUCGCUCUUGA